UUACGUUUUCAAUAUAUACAAGAAAAACAAAAAAAGUUUCUCUAAUAUCGUAGGAUUUUAAAUGGAGAACAAGUUUUUGGCAACCUUCUUCUUGCUUCUCGUUCUCUUCUCAUCUCAGGAGAUUGGGAUUGAGGGAAGGAUGUGCCAAUCAAAGAGCCAUCACUUCAAGCGCAUGUGUUGGAGCGACCACAACUGUGCCAUGAUUUGCCGUACCGAGGGCUUUUCCGGUGGUCACUGUCAUGGCUUUCAUCGCCGCUGCUACUGCACUCGUCUUUGCUAACUUUUGUUUCUUAUUAAUCCAAUAAAUGUAUCUUUUUCUUUCUUUUCCA